UACCGCGCAAUAAACAUGACAGAGUGUGCAGAGUGCGGGCAGAGUAUUGUUGAUAAAUUCGUGGUUAGAUGCGGAUCUUUAGCUCUACAUGAGGAUUGUAUGAGAUGCGCAGUAUGCCGGGAUAUGCUUACAGAAUCCUGCUUUACUAAAUGGGGACAGUUCUACUGCAAACAGGAUUUCUACAGAAUGUUUGGACCAAGGUGUUCAGCUUGUCAUAUAGUUUUCUCACAAGAUCAGGACGUUAGGAAUAUCGGAGACAGUCAGUUCCAUCUGGAGUGCUUUAAAUGCUCCAGGUGCUGCAAAGGACUAGAUAAAGGAAUGCAGGUUGGGUUGGAUCAUCUGGGAAACCUUCUCUGUGAAAAGGACUACCUGGAGAACAAGCUAAACCUCUCAGCUGAUACGAAACUAGGAUUGAGGACGGAGGAGACGGACGCUGACUCUGGAAUAGAAAGCGAAGUGUCCUCGGACGAUUUAAAGAAACUCCUUGAUGAGGACGAAAAGUCAUUUGACGAGGACAGCAAAGACCCUGGCUCCCCGGAUGAUGGAGACGAUUAUGACAAAGACGACGAUAAGAAGGAAGGAAAGGACGGUAAAAGACGCGGGCCAAGAACAACUAUUAAAGCUAAACAGCUGGAAGUUUUGAAAACCUGUUUUGAUCAGAAUCCUAAACCUACGAGGUUAAUGAGAGAACAGCUAGCCAAAGAGACAGGGUUACCUAUGCGUGUGAUCCAGGUCUGGUUCCAGAACAAGCGGAGUAAACAGAAGAGAAUCCACCAGCUUCAGUUCAUGGGUCAUCCUGGGAGGAUGCCCUUCCUGCCUCCGAACCAUCGGAGGAUUCUUCAUCCAAUGUCAUUCCCUCCGAAUGCAAUGGCUUUUGAUUUUAGAUCUCCGUUCCCUCCACAGGAUUGCCACAACUUUGAGUUCGGAGGAUUUAGUUUCCCUGCAGAGCAAAGUAUGCCUCCUUGUGAGUUCCCCAACUCCUAUUCCUCUCCUCCACUUCAUCCUGGAGAUUUUGGAUCUCACGAUUACCAGGUCGAUCCUUGCUUUCCUUCUCCACCCUUAAGUGAGUGCAGCAGUAGUUUGCAGGAUUUUCAUGUUCCUCAAGCCACAGAGUCCAUGGUCUGCUAGUCCUUACCUGGAGAUAUGAUCAAUCCAACCUACUAUUUUGUGGACCCGGAGAAGAGUCAAACCUGUUAACUGUUCCCGGAGAAGUAACUUAUUCAUCCUACUAGCUAGUACAAAGUACCCGGAGAAAUAACUAAUCCAUCCUACUAUAUUAAACCUUGUACCCGGAGCAUGGGACCACCCAAACCCGUCCUUGGGUUUAAUGCAAUCCUUCUAUCUGUGAUAUGCCUCGUUAAUUUAUACAUUAUACAAUAUACACUAUACACUACAGUCCAGAGAUGUAUAUUCUUAUUCUCAUUUAUUCAGAAAUAAAAAAUAUUUUGUAAUA